GACAUUUCAGGUUGCUCAGUGUAGGAUGUUUGCUAUUGAAUAAAGUAGAGAGGUUUGUCUGGAAGCUGCUGACUGGGUCAACAGAGGCUGAACACUGAGGAGACAUGGAAGCUGUGAUUGGACUGUUGCUGAUGCUACUCAGAGUCUGUCAUGGUGUGAAAACAUGUGAUGGCAGACAGGAUGGAGCUCAGUGUUAUGGCACUUUGGGAGGAACUGUGGUCCUCCAGCUGAUGGACAGCGCCUCAGAAAUAUUUAAAUACCAACUGAUAAGCAACAGAACAGUAAUACUUACAGGGAGAAAGAAUCAGAUUCUGUCUAAUCUGACAGAAAACAAAUUCUCAUUUACUCCCAGUGAUGGAACAUUUAGGAUCAACAACCUGAGCUGGACUGAUGGUGGUGAAUAUACUCUAGAAAUCUUUGAUUCAAAUGGAAAGAGAUUAGAGCUACGGACUCUACAUUUGAUCAUUCAAGAAAUAGGAAUUUUGCCAAUAAUCGCCGGCGUACUCUCUGCACUGGUAAUUCUCUUGGCAGUCGGGGUGGCAGUCAUCUGUGCUCACAACAAACAGGAAAAUAACAAACCUGAAGAAGAAGAAGAUAAACAGGAGUUAACCUAUGCUGAUGUCAGGGUCGUGCAGCCACCUGGGAGGCAGAUGCAGCAAAGAGAAGAGGUGGAGGUGGAGUACGGCCAAGUCAAGAUUUCACAGCGACCUCGGCAGGCCAUUGAACCAGCAGUAGAUGAAUGUGUGUAUGCCAAAGUCCGCAGAGGCAGGUGAUUCAGUGUUCACUGCACCGCUGAAGGCAGGUGGAGGAGGUGUGCCAAGAUGCCUGAAGGUCUUUCACCUUAAUUUAAUGUGAUUUAAAAUACAAGCCAUCAGAGCUCAUUAUUUUCUUCACCUUUACUGUACUUCUGGGUUGAGACUGAGCAUCAAAGUAUCAGCUCCAGCCUUUGAAUCACAGUGUGGCUAGUUUUUAUAGACUAAAUUUGGUAGAAUAUUUAAUAUUAUCUUAAGAAUGUAUUUUAUCACUUCUCUUUAGCUUACUUUGACUCAUUUUGACUUGUGCCUAAUUUAUGAGCAUAUUUACUUUUAUUUCAUAGUUAAAACACU